UCGCAAUAUGAUUACAGAUCUUCAUUCUACAGUUGCCAUGUUAAGAUCUUACCCGUCAAGCAUGCUGAUUCGGCUGUUUCUGCUGGCCUGCGUUCUGGCAGCAUGCCAGGCGCUGUACUUCCACAUUGCCGAGACGGAGAAGAAAUGCUUUAUUGAAGAAAUCCCCGAUGAAACCAUGACGGUGUGCUCGGUUACUGGAAAUUACAAAGUGCAAUUAUAUGAUCCCAACACCAAAGGUUACGGAGAUUACCCUAAUAUUGGAAUGCAUGUGGAAGUAAAAGACCCAGAGGACAAGGUAGUAAAUUUUGUUACUAUUUGUCGAAGGGAGAAGAUGCAUUUUGUUCAGGUUGUACUUUCCAAGCUGUAUACUUCUGAAGGCAAAUUCACGUUUACCUCACAUCUUCCCGGCGAACACGUGAUCUGCUUGUAUUCGAAUAGCAGUGCAUGGUUCAGUGGCGCUCAGCUCAGAGUUCAUCUCGAUAUUCAAGCCGGAGAACAUGCCCAAGAUUAUCAGCAGGUGGUUAUUUGUCAUUUAACGUAUAUGUUCUUGGCGUACGAUGCUAUUGCGUCUUACUUUUUUGCCAUUAAUUGCAUUUCCUAAUU